AUACAUAAAAAACUAUAAACCCAAACAAUUGAUCAGAUCGAACUGGAAAAGAUCUUCAAGUGAGACAGAGGAAGAGGAAUGCAGCGUUGUCCCUAUAUACAUGAAAUGCGUGAACGUUUAUUGGAUCAGCCCAGAGAGACGACAUUGCAAUUGGAAAAUAUGGAGCGAGCGAAUCUAUUGGACAAUCGCCAAUCGGCGGCAUCCGAGUCGAAUCAGCUACAUGGCGAUGGCUAUCACACAAGUCCUGCACAUCAGCGCACACCUUUAGUCCCACACGAUUUGGGUGAAGAUUUCAAUUUGGAUUUCGAUGAUGAUUUUCCCAUCGAUGCACGACGACCAAAAAAUGCCAAGGUUUGCUACACAUUUAAGCCAAAUCCAAAUAAAUACAGUUUCAUGCCAGCGAAUAUAACGGUACAGGGCACAUAUCAAACAAAUCCAAUAACAGGACCGAUUGAACUAUGGACUUCAUUGUUCAUUGUGACCAGCUUGGUUUAUGCCAUACUCUUGAUUGUUGUCUGCAUUGCCUAUGUGAUUAGCGAUGUGACCACACACCGUUUGCCGGUGCUCUACUAUGAGACAUUCUUCACUUAUCUAUACGGCACCAGUAUACUCUUCCUGUUGUAUGUCUUCUGUUUCCUGCUGCAGGAAAGCUCUUGCUGCAAUGGCGGCAAUGGUGGCAGCAAACCGAAACCCCAACCCAAAGAGAAGAAAUCAAAGAAAUCGAAAAAUGCCGAUCCAGCCGAUUCGAAGGAUGCGAAAGGCUCUAAGGAUUCGGGCAAGGCGGGCAAGGCAGGUGCCGCUGCCGCCUAUCAAGAAGCACCCGUGGAUGCCGAAGUUGCUGUCACACCCAAGAAUGUACGUAAACGAAAGACCACACACAGUGAUCUCACACAUGGUAGUUUCUUUUUGCGAGUUGGAGCCAUCGCUUUUGGUCUGGGUGCCAUGAUCUAUAUUGGCUUGGAGUUUGGCUCAUUCUUUGAGAUACCAUUCGAUUCGCCCUGCCAUCAUAUAUUGAUUGGAGUGAAUCCAUUGCUACAAAUGAUAUUUACCUUUAUGCAAAUGUACUUUAUCUUCAUGAAUGCCAGGACUAGGCCGCCAUUUCAGCUAAACAUCCAUCGAUUCAAGGUUAUCGCACGUUUCGGUCUGAUGCAUGUGGUGGCCACCAAUAUCUGCGUAUGGAUACGCACUCUGGUCAAGGAAUCGCUAUUGGAGAUCACCAUCUAUCAUCGGAAACGUGAGGCCGAUCCGAAUGCAUCGUCCAUUGGUUAUUCGAUAAGACAGCAUGCUUUGCGUCAUGCCGGAACAGUGUUACGCACCCAUGCGGGACCAAAUACCGAAUUCGAGGUGCUCGAUGGCGAAGAUCUGUUGCCAAAGAAUGUCUACAAGAGUGACAAUGUUCUGUCCAAGAUGCUAAGGAAUACUGUCAAUGGUAUAUCGAAGAGUCUGGGUAUGGGCGGUGGCGAUGAUAUCGCAAUCAGCAGCACAACCACCACAACCACCCGUGCUCCAUACACAACGCCAGGCUAUCAAUGGCCCAGCACUACUAUGGCCCGCAAGCUGAAGAAGUUUAUCACAAGUGCCACAACGGCUGCCACUACCACAGGAGGUGGUGGUGGCACUAGCACCAUAUCCACCACAACCACUAGCACCACCAGCAUCCCCAUUACCACCACUCGCACUAGCACUAUGGCGUCCCUGAUUGAUAGCAGCCCGACCAGUGAGUCACCCUUUGGCAGCCUGCAGCGUCUGUUCUCCAGUGCUGCACCGAGCCCCACAUCGCACAUUGCGCCCAAUGAUGUGUCCGCUGCCACCGGCAGUGCCUUCCUCAAUCAAUUGGUAUCGUCCACAAGCACUUUGAGUCCCAGCAGUACCAUUGCCGCCGCCGCCACCACCACAACCACCACCAGCACCACUGAAGGUGCUGUCAAUAUAAUGAACAAUCUCUUUGGGCCAGGCAUUGAGAAUAGCUUUCAGACCUAUUCGGAUAUUUCGCACGAUGAUGCCGCCGGUGGUUUGGUGGCCUUUGAGAAUCUAGAGAGCCUGGACAAUAUCUAUCCGGCGGCUCUGUCCUCCAAUAUUGGCACAUUAAACUCCACUGCCUGCGGUCGUAUCGAUAUUAUGGGUACCAUAGUCUAUGACUCGGCCCCAUAUCUCUAUCCCUUUAUCAUUGAGUACUCUCUGAUCGGCGCUGUUGUUCUAUAUGUUAUGUGGAAGCAUAUCGGCCGCUAUCCAGGCAGACUCAACGAUGAGGAUCUGGAGCACCGGCUGGAGGUAAUGUUGUCACGUCGCGCCGUUGCCAUGGCACAGCAGGCACGUUCCGGGCGCGUCGAUUGUGUGGGCUCGUCGAAGGGUCUCUUCUUUGGUCUACUGCUCUUGGUCGGUGCGUUAAUUUGCUUGAUACUCUUCUUCGUCUUGGUGCGUCAUCAGAAGUUCUCGCUAUUGGCCGUUUAUCUGGCCGAUGCCAGCCAUUGUAUACUGAUGGCAUUUGCCAUUUUGGCCAUCAUAGUGGGCUUUAUAAGGGUUAAGAAUUUGAAAUUCCGCUGCGAGGAGCAAUCCAAUCUUAAUGACAUCUUGUUGCGCAUCUCGGCAUUCGGUCUGUUCACUUAUUCCGUGUUUAGCAUCAUUGCCGGAAGCCUCAAAGUGCUGGAGAGCGAACCCAGUCUACUGGUCACAACCACCGGCGGAGUUGCCGUAUUCCAGGUCAUUUUGCAAUUGCUAUUCAUUGCCGAUGUGUCGCGCCGUCGUGUACAUUUGCCUGAGCAUGAUCGCAGCAAGCCUGGUCGCCAGAUUGUCACCUUCCUACUGAUCUGCAAUGUGGCCAUGUUUGCCAUUUACACGUUCGAAGCCCAAAAAGUAUUCGCCAAUCCUGUAAGUAGCUAUGUGCAAUUGGAGUUCUAUGGCUUUGUGCCCUGGUCCAUCAUUCAGCGCAUCACACUGCCCUUGUGCAUUUUCCAUCGUUUCCACAGCGCCGUCACACUCGCCGAAAUCUGGAAGACCACCUACAAGGCGCGCUUGGAGUAAGCCCUUUGAGCCAUCAUCUCUCCAAAGAGAGAGUUAACAUAUAUUGAAAAUGCACCAAAAACCCAAAAAAGAAAACAAAAUCGAAAAUGAAAAACCAAAAAAAAACAAACAAAAAUUUGUAGCGAACCGCAGCGGCAAAUACGCAAAAUGAGAAUAGAAAUCAAGCAGAAGUUGAAAAUUAGUUUCUAAUUCCAUAUUAAACACAUACAAAAAAACAAAAAACAAAAA